AUGUCCGUCCCCAGAGGACUCUCGUCCGUGCUGAAGAAAGCACCCUCCGACGUCGUAAUCCUGUCGUCGCUGCGAACCGCCAUCUGCCGGUCGAACCGGGGCCAGCUGAAAGACGCGUACCCCGAAGAGCUGCUCUCGACGGUCCUCAAGGCCACGCUCGAGGCCAACCCGAACCUGGACCCGCGCAAGAUCGAAGAUGUCGCCGUCGGCGUCGUGCUCUCGGAGCUCGGCGGCUCCAAGGCGGCGCGCAUGGCCAUGAACCACGUCGGCUAUCCCAACGAGACGUCGCUGUACACCGUCAACCGCGCCUGCUCGUCGUCGCUGCAGUCGAUCGCGCUCGUCGCGGCGCAGAUCCGGACCGAGGCGAUAUCGGUGGGCAUCGGCGCCGGAAUGGAGAGCAUGACCCGGAACUACGGCAGCCGCGCCAUCCCCGUGGACGUGUGGCCCGCCCUGAAGGACUCGCCGGUCAAGGACGCGAGGGACUGCAUCAUGCCGAUGGGCAUCACCUCGGAGAACGUGGCGGAGCGCUACGGCGUCUCCAGGGCCGACCAGGAUGCCUUCGCCGUGCGCAGCCACCAGAACGCCGCGAGGGCGAGGGAGGACGGCUCCUUCGCCACCGAGAUCGUGCCCGUCACGACGAGAUACCAGGAGGUGGACAAGCAGGGCAACAAGGUCGGGGAGGAGCAGACCAUCACGGUCACCAAGGACGACGGCAUCCGCGCCAACAUCGGCAUCGAGGCCCUGCAGAAGCUGAAGCCGGCGUUCAAGCCCGACGGCGCCAGCACGGCGGGCAACUCGUCGCAGGUGUCGGACGGCGCCGCCGCCACGCUGCUCAUGCGCCGGAGCACCGCCACGGAACUGGGCCUCACCGACAGCAUCAUCGGCAAGUUCGUCGGGGCCACGACGGUCGGGUGCGCGCCGGACGAGAUGGGCGUCGGCCCCGCCCUGGCGAUCCCGAAGCUCCUCGGCCAGUUCGGCCUCGAGAACAAGGACGUGAACCGCUGGGAGAUCAACGAGGCCUUCGCCAGCCAGGCCAUCUACUGCCUGCGGGCUCUGGGGCUGGAGCAGGCCUACGAGGACGGCAAGGUGAACCCCGACGGCGGUGCCAUCGCCCUGGGACACCCUCUUGGCGCCACCGGUGCCCGCAUGACGAGCACUCUGCUGCACGGCCUGGGGCGAUCCGGCGGCGAGGUUGGUGUUGUCAGCAUGUGCGUCGGUACCGGCAUGGGCAUGGCUGGACUGUUUUUCAUCGGCAACAAUCAGGCUGAGACUGUGGUGCCCGAAUCUCCCCCUCUUAACUCUCGUCUUCAGGUCUUAUCCCGCCAUAGCUUGUUGCAAAGACGCAUUUCAGAGUCACCCACGGCUCACCGAGAACCAACCCGGCCAGGUUUUAUCACUUGCAACAUCAUGGAAGUGGUCGGCGCGGUAGCAAGCUUCAUCGCCAUCGGCCAGGCUUUGGCCGCGGGGCGCCAUGUCGUUGAUGUCCUUCGAGCGAUUCCCGGCAUCGGAAAUGAGCUGACAUGGCUCCACGAUGAGAUCGAAACCCUCCGAUUGAUGGUCGAAGAAGCAGACAUGGGAACGAGUGCCGUCGAAUCACUACCGGAGACCCCGUUGCUGAGGAGAACCAGACUUCAACUCAGCGAGAUCGUCGCAGAUCUCGAGGCAAUUCAAAAAGGCUGUGUCCGAGCUGUUCGAGAGAACGGCAAGGUCAAGGCAAAGAAGACCAAAUGGUUCUUGCAGCAGAAGCAACUGUCUGAGUGCCGUGCGAAGGCCCAAAAUGCCCGAGAAAACCUUCACGCUGCUUUGCAAAUAUUGCACCUCAAGGAGACCAGACAACUCGUUCUGCGCAGCUUCGCGAUUCAGACAAGCGGAACAAUAGCAUUUAAGCCUUUGCGCUCGGAAGAACGGCGAAUGUCAUCUUGUCAUCUACCACCGUUGCAUGUUAACGACAAGGACGACGCACAGGAACCGCUACAUGAGAGGCCUAUCGCUCACUUGACGACCGCCGUUGAACAACUUGUCCUGCCAGACAACCAACCACAAACAACCAGCAAGGUAUCCCCAAGAGGCUCAGACAUCGUGAUAAUCAACGCUUCAUUGUCUACCUUCGAAAGGUGCCCGCAGCCGUGCUGGUGCCGCUGCCAUGGCUCGCGUCCCGCGUCCUUCAAAUCGGCGGAUUGGGCACAUAACCUGAUCGGAUCCUUUUCCGGAAGCUACACCCAGCGGUUCGCGUUCCGAAACAAUACAAGAUGCGACUCGGCCCUUUGCAAAGCCAGCGGAGAUGCAUCCAUCAACCUCAGCUAUCGGUUUCCGGCAUGGUUGUGCUCUCGGUUUAUCCAUCUCCAAGCCUCAGUAAACGCUGUUACGGGUCUCAGUGUUUCGUUGCGGCCCAUCAGAUUGCUGCCCUUAAAUGCCAUUUUCUGGACUUGCGCUGAACACUGGUCGAGAGUUGAACUGGCCCAGCUGAUGCAAUCUGAGGGUGUAAUCUACCCCGGGGACAUCGACACUGACGGGAGGACGGCGAUCCUCCAUGUGAUUAGACAUGGAACCACGGAUGCUGUGGCCUUUCUUGCGGAAUUAUGGGCAAAUCAGCUGCAAAGCGACAGCUUCGACAGAACUUGGUUCUUCGAAGCGCACGUGGUGAUCGAAGACAACCCUGAGUUGCCUUCAAAGGGAAAAGAUGCACUACGCAGGAUGAUAUCUUGCAAUUCCGCUGGCAUAGACGCUCUUGAUACGCCGUUACAUGGCGCUGCAGCACAGACAGACUCGGCCGAGAUUCAGCAGGCUGUCAAGAGUCAACCGUGGGCCAUGCACCAGUUUAACCACCGUGGCGAAACGCCCUUGCACGUCGCUGUGCGGCUGGGCAAUCUCGAUGGUGUCAGGGAGUUGCUCAGGUUGGGCUGUGAUGUCAACCAGCGAGACGGCUUUGGAUACACGCCCCUGAUGCAAGCUUCCGGAAAAGGUCAUGUCGCCAUGGUUCAACAGCUACUCGAUGCCGGUUGUGCCGUCGAUGCGAAGAGCAAAAUCGGCUGGACGGCCCUGCACCAUGCUGCUGACGUGGGAAAAGAAAGCUCAACACAGAUUUUGAGAAGCUUGUUGUCUGCCGGUGCGUCGGCGACGGUCACUGACUCAGAUGGUGAUUCAGUUUUGCACACGGCAGCGGGAACAACGGUUAACAGAGAUGUUCUUCGGGAAAAUUUACGCCUGCUUCUGGAUGCGGGUGCUGACUUGGAGGCAUGCAAUUCCAGGGGAAGGACGCCGCUGGUAGACGCCAUUAUCGGAAGAAACCUGGUGGGUAUCCAGUGCCUUGUGGAAGCGGGUGCUAACACAACAGCAUCGGGAUUCCUCCAUCGCGCAGCGCUUUACUCGGGCUGUGGAGAACUCGACUACUUGGACAGCCUGUCGCUGUCUGGAAUCAACCUGAACAGUGUCGAUAAAUACGGAAACACAGUGUGGGACUGCUUCGUUUGUUCCUUGGUCGCGGAAGAUUGGCGGCGUGGAAGUAUUCGCAAGCCAAGCUUGGAUGAGCAAGAAGCUUUCAUUCGAUUAUAUAAAGGCAUCCGAGACAGAAACUUGGAUCAGGAUAUAAAAAGGCUGGAAUGGACUCGUCAAUACUUGGUAUGUGAGGAUCAGCGAGGCGCCACGUCUGCGCUGGAUCCCUUGAUCAAGCAGAAGACAGAAUGGGAACGGUGGGAUCAGGUGGAAACGUAUAAGACCAUCGGUCUACAGGUCCGAGAAGGCAUGUGGCACGCGGCGCUCCAAUCGGUGGACGAAAACAUUGAGAUUCUGCGGGAGGAGAUGGCCAAGUCCCCAUUGGAGAAUUCGUCGUACUGGAAUUACGUACUGGAAACGGACACGGAAGACGGCGAGACUGAAGACGAAGAGGACAAGUCUGAGGCAAGUACAGGCUAUGCCGACGAGUAUGAGACGCGUUACUCACCAAGUGACGAGGAAUCUGGCAAGGAGGAGGAUGAUGUGUGA